GUCAGGGACGUCGGGAGCUCGGGUCUAAGAUAGGGAUUCUCCCCGUAGUUUCGGUUCGGGGUAGGAAAUGAAAGCGUCAGCAUUAUCAUCUCUGCUUGGCUCCAGGACCCUGAAUCUCUUUCAGUCUUCCUCUUAUCACCAUUGUUCCUUUCAUUCUUCUAAAUCCGUCUUAACCCCUCUCUCUUCUUGCUUCUCUCCCGCUGCUCUCAAUCACAGUCGGAUCCAUCUGAUCCACAAGCUCGCGUUCCACACUUCAUCUUCCCCUAUAAUGGCCUCUUCGUUUAACCCUGAAAGAGCACGCGCCCCACCUGCCACCCCCAUGCCUACUCCUCCUCUUGCCAAGUUUAAGAUUGGGCUUUGUCAACUAUCAGUCACCCCCGAUAAGGAGAGGAACAUUGCUCAUGCUCGGAAGGCCAUUGAGGAGGCUGCAGAGAAGGGUGCCCAGCUUGUUCUCUUGCCUGAAAUAUGGAAUAGCCCCUACUCAAAUGAUAGCUUUCCCCUCUACGCCGAGGAUAUUGGUGCUGGUGGCGAUGCAUCUCCUACAAUUGCCAUGCUCUCUGAAGUCUCUCGUCUCUUGAAGAUCACGAUAGUUGGAGGCUCCAUACCAGAACGUUAUGAAGGCCGAUUAUACAACACUUGUUGUGUCUUUGGCACCGAUGGAAAGCUAAAAGCAAAACAUCGCAAGAUACAUCUUUUUGAUAUUGACAUACCUGGGAAGAUUACAUUUAUGGAAUCAAAAACUCUCACGGCUGGGGAGACUCCAACCAUUGUGGAUACAGAAGUUGGGCGAAUUGGUAUUGGCAUUUGUUAUGACAUUCGAUUUCAGGAAUUGGCAAUGAUAUAUGCAGCAAGAGGUGCUCACUUGCUCUGCUAUCCUGGGGCAUUCAAUAUGACAACUGGACCAUUGCAUUGGGAGUUAUUGCAGAGGGCAAGGGCUACAGAUAACCAGUUAUAUGUGGCGACUUGUUCACCUGCUCGGGAUACUGGUUCUGGUUAUGUGGCUUGGGGCCACUCCACCCUUGUUGGACCAUUCGGAGAAGUUUUGGCAACUACGGAGCAUGAAGAGGCAAUCAUCAUAGCUGAAAUCGACUAUUCAUUGUUAGAACAGAGGAGGACAAGUCUUCCAUUGACAAAACAACGGCGUGGUGAUCUUUACCAACUGGUUGAUUUUCAGAGAUUGAAUUCCCAACGAUAGGAUCUCGGCAUGACUGACUUCAGUUAUGCUGCUUAAAUAUUUUGAGACUAUUCAUUUGCUUGGUCUUCGUGGCAUGAAUUUUUAUAUGAUGUCUCUAAUGUGCUGUACUAUUUGAAUGGAGUUGAAACCAUGAAUAAAACGAAGAACAAAUAAAUAAAGGAUGGGAAUUCUUUAGAGGA